AAGCUCUGAGUGAUUCUAAAUCAAGAGUUUGACUUCUCAAAACAAGAGCAGAGUAUCUAUCCUGCUCAUCCAAUCAACACCACCAUUCUGAAUCUUGGAGCUGUACUGCCCUCUUCUGGAUGAGGAUUCAUUCAUUCAUUCAUUCAUUCAUUCAUUCAUUCAUUCAUUCAUUCAUUCAUUCAUUCAUUCAUUCAUUUACUUAAAAGAAUUAAACACACGAAGAAGACAAACAAAGCUUAACAUGUCUGUUAAAAUCAGUCCAGAGAAUAAAAUCUGGGUCAGAGCCUCUUAGUCUGAAGUGCGACCGGAAGUGGUGUGGUGUGAUUUGUCAGCGGCUCGCAGCAGAUGACACUAGAGGCACUUCUAACUGUCACGCACGCACCAUUCCUAUUGACAGCUUCACAGAGAAGCGUUGUAUCCUCGGCAUGGCAUCCGAUGAGCUAGCUAGGAAGCUGCAGUCGCGGUUCGUUGCUACGCAGGAGGCUGAACCGAGGCCUGAGCCCGAAAGGAGCCCGGUGCGAAGUAAACUGCAGGAGCCCGACAGUGCCAGCGGCGAUUCUCCGUCCGAGCUGUCCGCCGUGCUGAACCGCAGGUUGGACAUCAAUGAUGGGACCGCAGCUCCUCGAGCGACCAGGGUCUUCAAUCCCUACACGGAGUUCAAGGAAUUCUCCCGCAAGCAAAUUAAGGACAUGGAGGCGAUGUUCAAGCGGUAUGACACAGGGAAAGACGGCUUCAUUGACCUGAUGGAACUCAAACUGAUGAUGGAGAAACUGGGAGCUCCACAGACCCACCUUGGCCUCAAGAACAUGAUUAAAGAGGUGGACGAAGACUUUGAUGGCAAACUGAGUUUCAGAGAGUUCCUGCUGAUCUUCCGUAGAGCAGCAGCCGGAGAGUUGCAGGAGGAGAGUGGCCUGAUGGCUCUCGCCAGACUGUCUGAGAUCAACGUCUCCACUGAGGGAGUGAUGGGGGCCAAAGACUUCUUCGAAGCCAAGGUACAGGCUUUGUCUCAGGGCAGCAAGUUUGAGGCCGAGAUCCGAGAGGAAAAAGAGGAGCGCAAGAGACAGGAAGUGGAGAAAAAACAGCGACAAGCCGCCUUCAAGCAGCUGCAGUCCACUUUCUGCUCAUGAUCCCUCUCAGAAAACAAUCCUGAAACAGAUUUUAAAAUUAGCUUCUCACGCCACUCAUACCAUAAUAAACAUCACUCUGAAUAAGAUUUAACAAAAUAGUAAGAUGCAAAAGAGUAGAAACUCACUGAAAUACUUGAAAGAAAAAACUCCUAACAUACCUGCUCACAUGUUCAGUCAUUCCAGAUGUUCUGCAGCAAUGCUAUAAAACACUACUUUAGAUGUGUAAGGAUAUAGUGGUAUCUCCAAGGUUUAUUUACCAUUCCUGUGGACUUGUUUGUUCUUCUCGUCCUUCCAGGUGCCAGAAGGGAAAUUUUAACUGUUUUGUUCAGUGAUUUUUGUCUUCAUUGUGCUCUGUUGUCUGUGAAGCAUUUUUCAUAAUGCACUUUCAUAAUGGUCAUGUUUCUUCAUGGGAUGUUGUUUUAUCCCGUGGGUUUCUUUCAAAGAUCAUCUAUGGUACAACCAAUGAGCUAAGGGACAUGGUAUCUAAAAAAAAAAAAGAUAAUAGGAGCAAUACUAUAAUAGUUAACAUUUAGAUUGGCUCUGACUUUUACUUUUAGCGCAUCAAAUAAUCAAACAUUUACUGGCUUCUAACAGCUAUUUGACUUCUCAAGAUGCACAUGAACAAAAUCCCCUUCCACCAAAUAUCAGAUUCACAUUAAAAAGGGUUUUCUUUAAAGAAAUAACAGUUUUGGUGAGAUAGAAAUGAGCCAGUUUGUUUGGAUCUCAUGCAUCAUCUACAAGGAUUUAGUGAAAAUGUGGAGCUUUUUACAACCACUUGGAGCUCAGUUGCCUCCAAAGAAGGUUAGGAGUUCUAGUCAGUAGCAGCACCAUGCUGCUCUAGUCUGCUUUAUAAGAGGCACUUUCAUUAUAGCCCCGAAUAUCCAGUCUCUAUGCUAAGCUGUGCUAACCAUAUCCUGAGUUUAUUGUGGUUGAUAUGCGUAUACUUCGACUCCCAGAAAGAAGGAAACAUAUUUAUUAAUAACAUAUCCUUAAAAAGCUUUUUUGUUCUUUGUAUUUGUUGUGUAAACUGGUGUCAGCAGCAGAUUUCUGCAUUAUUAAAACACACCACACACUCACACUCUCCUGUUACAGUUUACACUCAGGCAGCUUGUCUGUUCACAUGAAGAAGAAAUAAACAGAAAUCUUGUGGUUUUAUAUUCUUCAGCUUAACCAAAAUAAAAAAUGUGAUUUUGAUUUUGAGCCCAGAACAAAAAUGGAUAAAGAGAUGUUUGAGUUUUUACCAACACGACCCAGAAGUGGUCCUUACAUGUAGAGGAUGGUAGGAAACCGCCAAGAAUACUGAAAUAAACACUAACAUCUGUCAACAUAUCAAGAUUAAAGGAGUGAUCUGGACUUGGUUUACUCACAAAUGGAAGAUUU